AUGACAACAUUAUCAACAUCCCGUGGUCACCAGGCCCUCGCCGUUAGCAUUGUGUUUACGACUAUAGCGACAUUCAUUACUGCCGUCCGUAUAUUUACGCGAGCAUUUCUCGUGAAGCAGAUGGGGGCAGACGACUAUGUCGUCCUAGUCUCUUUAGGCUUCUCAUGGAUUUUCUUCGGCCUGAUGGUAGGCGAAGUCUAUCAUGGCAUGGGAGAGCACUACAUUGAUAUUCCCGCCUCGAUUUUCAAGGCUCAGAUGAUCUACUUUUGGGCCUCAAUUCCUAUAUACCAAACAAGCCUCAUCAGCACAAAGAUGUCGAUCCUUCUUCAAUACAAACGAGUCUUCUCCACACCACGCAUGCGCCUAGCAUGUUGGAUCAUGAUCGGUGUUCUAGGUGUCUACGGAACCUGGACCAUCAUUAGCGCCUGGGCUAACUGUGUUCCUCUCGCCAAGUUCGGGGAUCCAAGUGUCCCAGGUUUCUGUUUUGAUAAGAAAGCUUUGUGGUUUUCCAACUCGGCUAUCCACAUUAUUACAGAUAUUGUCAUUCUCAUAUACCCAAUGCCAGUCCUGAAAUCGCUUCAACUGCCUAAGAGGCAAAAGUUUGCUCUCAUGGCUGUUUUCGCGCUAGGUGGAUUUGUCCUGAUUACGAGUAUACUCCGCCUCAAAUCCCUCCUUGUUAUCUCAAACUCAGACGACCCAACUUCAACAUGGUCUGCCGUGGAGUGCAACGUAGCAAUUAUCUGCGCCUGUCUCCCGGGCACACGCGCCUUCCUCUCCAAGUUCCUACCGCACAUUUUCUCCACCCGAAGCAACGGCUACCGCAGCAAGACCGCACGACCUUCACGAAACGGCCGCAGCGCCAUAACAGGAGACGGCAACACGCAGGUCCUAGCUUCUGUCGUUGGUGGGCGUGAUCAUAGCCUAGGAUACGAUCAUGAUCUAGAAGAUCUUUCGCUAUCUGGCUCCUUUAAUAGCUAUACUAAGGAGCCUGUGAAGGAGGUCUUUGUGGGUAUUAAGGUUACGACUAAUGUCACGCAAGAGAGAACCUCGCAUUCAAAGAUUGCUGUCAAUGAUGAUAUGGGUAGUACGAAGGAGUUGGUGAAGAAGCAUAGCUUUUGA